GGGUCAGAGUUCACAGGGAGUCCUACCAACGCGGAUUAGUACGACAGCCGGUUGUAUUCGUAUCAAAAUUACAUUUUUUCUUCCCUUCAGACCGCUGUGAACCAGUUUUAAACAUGUCUGGAAGAGAAGGAGGCAAGAAGAAACCACUGAAGGCGCCCAAGAAACAGACCAAGGAUAUGGAUGACGAUGAUGUGGCUUUCAAGCAGAAGCAAAAGGAAGAACAGAAGGCCAUGGAGGCGAUGAGGGCCAAAGCUUCAGGAAAAGGACCUCUAGGUGGCAGUGGCAUCAAGAAAUCAGGCAAGAAGUAAAAUCUGGCGAAGAUGUAUGUUCGCUCCCCAGCCUUGCUUCCUCCGUCUGCGAUCUGUGUAUAUUCACUGAGAAGAAUACAGUUUGUUUUGCUCUGUUUAACAUGAACCUCAUCAAACUCUCAACCAGCCCUGGUGUUGACCACCUCCACCAGUGAGUUGUUUUGUGCACAUGAGAAGUGUCAGCUAUCAGAAACACAAACUCACCCCAAGUUCUUUUUUCUUCUGAUUUAUGUUGUGUUGUAAAGAGGGAGAUACUAAUAAAGUUUUUUGUAAUUA